UCCUCUCGAAAACUUUUACUUACUCACUCACUCACUUAUAUUCCGCAAAGUUGAGAGUCGUCGGAGAGUUGAGCUGGCUAGCUAACUCACCUUGGCUGCUUUUCCAGAGAGUGUAGAGAGCGUGUAGUUGCACGAAAUGAUUCAGUCCUUCCCUUGCUUCCUUCUCGCAUACAUACAUUUAAGCAGUAGGAGCAGCAUAACAAGUAAGCAGAAUCAAGAACAUCGUCAUCAUCAUCAUCCCUCAUUCAUUCAUUACAGAGAAAGGACAGAAGAAGAGAUUUAGGGGGAGAAAGUCCAUUCGACAUGGAGAAGCUUGAUCCUCCAUUGUCUCCACAUUAAAGGAUUCCACUUGAAAUUCAUAAUACUACAUGUUCCCUCAUUCAUUCAGCUCUGUGUUUGGAUCUAUUUCCAUAAAUUCCCCGGAAAGAAAAGAGCAAGAAACGCGGCGAAUCUUUUUCCGGUCGUGAAGCACGCAGAUAAUAUCUCAGAUUUCUCAAAAAUACUUUGAAAUCCUCGUUCAAAUUCUUUCAUAAUAAAAUAUGCACAAGUGGAUAGUUCAAGCGUAUUAGUUGAGGAGGAGGGAAAAAAGAAUAGGAGAAAGCAAAGUGAAAGUUCUCCCGUAAUCCAGUCUUCUACUCUCAGAAAGAUAAGCCCCCACCGAAAAAAAACGCUCUCCUCUCCUUCUUUUCUUCCCCUUCUUAUCUGGCAAGCACUCCUCUUCACAAGUGCCAUCGAAGAACCGUAGGCAAGGAGAAAGUACGAGGUUUAAAACAAGUAAAACUCUCAGAUUUGUACCAGAUUACGGAAACAUAAUUGAAACUUUCGGAUUCAAUUUAUCUUUAAAAUCCACCCAUCCACUCGAUUCUGUUUAUUUGGUUGGAAUGUCUUUCCAUUCUGCCCAACCGAACCGAACCAGUUUCCAUCCAGAGUGCAAUUCAUGCACAAUAUUGUGGAAUAAAAGAACCAUUUUACCUAUUCAAUUAUUGAGUAGGGCUGUAAUAAUUUUAUUACCCGUCUGCUCCUCCAUUCCACCAACGCUGCAUGUUACGAGUCGUGUCGCUGCUACAAAAAAAUUGCCAGAGUAAAAAAGAGAGAAAGCCGACAAGGUAGCAAGAACAAGGGCAGCAGAGAAGAACAUGCUCCGAUUUUGAAAUACAAAAAAAGCAGAAAACCAACCAGUCCAUAUUCAUUCUGGGCAGGGAGGCAGUGUGCAUUGCGUGAUCAAGCAGGGUUGGUGGGUGAAAGUAAAAAAAACGUGUGUGCGGUUUCUGGAAUUCUGACUUGGACAUGUCGAAAAAAUAGUGGUUCGUGGUCGUAGUAGAACUGGUGAAAAAGUUGGUCAAACCUAAUCUUGAGUCACAUCGUGACACAUCUCAUCUCACCCGACCGAGAGCCUGACCCGGUCAUGAUAAGCCCGUGUGAAGGAUGUGAUCCUCACCUCGCAGCUGCGAUCGUCUGCUACCUUUCAUUCUUCCUCAGCAGCUGCUCCUUUUUCCUGUACUGGUACUGGAUCGGGAACUACCGUGAAGAGAUCAACCCCUUGGAGGGGCGCUACUCGUCCCCUGAAGGGUCCGAGUGCGACGCCCUCGAACCCGAACUGAACCCGGACCAGGACCCCGACACCACGUACUACUCUCCCUCCACCCACUUCUACUCGCCCAACGAUGCCGAAACCCCCACCACGUCCACCCACGUACCUGACCACCUUCAAGAAAUUACAAAUAUUUCGAGCUGUGUCCAACACUCGGAGGAAGAAGAGGGCACGGGUCAACACCUCCUCUCCCUCGAUGCCUCGGUCGAGUCCAAUCUGUGCAGCAGUAUAGGCGGAGAAAGCGAUUCCUUCAUUAUCAACACCAUCACGUUGCCUUUACCUUCGACACCUCCACACUCGUCCCGAUCCCGACAUCCCCUCACGGCAGGGGACGAUCUCGACUCGAUCCAACGCCACCCCGGAGGUGACGAAGACGAAGAAGGGGGUGACGGGGGGAGGAAGAUUAGUGCCGUCUCGGGUAAUCCGUACCUCAACGGGGAUACAUACUCACAAAACCUACUCUGGGGCUUUCAUGGCAUCUUUACCAACCUCAUCGAAGCCAUUCUAGCCGCCGUGUUCUAUUCGGGACUCUUUGAGGACAACCUCAAAACCAGUCUGGCUUGGGUGAUUGGCUUCUCUUCAAACUUUAUCGUGGGCAACUUUCUCUACGUUUUGCUCCUUUUGUACUGUACGAAUAGAGGGAAAGUGAAACAAUUGUGGGGAAGAUGGCUGAUUGAGUGCGUAUUCAACGUGGUGAAGGAUUUGUACUGGAUUUGGAUCGGAGUAUCUUUUCUCGACAGUUUGGUUAAGCGAUCUAUCAAUCCGACAUAGAAAUUUGAGCUGUAUAAGAGGUCGAUCUAGAUAUAUUGCUAGUUAUGUAAGUUAAGUUUAAGGUAAAGAAAAAAAUGUAUGGAAAGGUGAAAGUAUUUUCAAACUUUAAUGAUUUAUCGGUAUCUCUUAAACAUAAAAUAUUUUUUAAUACGAAAUAUUUACUGGAAAUUAUCUAAUGAAUUUCUGAACAAAUUUAUUUUUCAUAUUUUUAUUAUGUCAUUUUAUAAUGAUAAUGUACUUUUACGUAUUUAUAUAAUCUUUAUUUUUGUGUACCUUAUUAAUUUUAGUUCAAAGUUGUGAUUACAUACAUGUAUAAAUCUCAUCGAUAAUAGAAGUUUGAAGAAUAACAUAAUCUCAGUUUGGCAACAAGUUACAUAUAAUAAAUUUAUGUCCCAUAAAUAUUUUUUCUAAACAGGGAAAUGCGUAAUUCAAGUAAAGAAGAGGAACGAAUAAGAAAAAACCUGAGCAUAAAAUCAGAAUUAUGAAGAAAUGACUUACACCAGAUUAAAGAUGAAAAA